AUGUCAUUCGGAGGUGCGGCAGCUCAGGGUGUCCAGGGUGAAGCUUGGUCCCAAGAAGCCGCCGGACAGCAGAUGUCUGGGGACGGCCCCCCUAACGUAGACGCGGCUUUCAAGCUUCAAGUGGAGGAAGGGGCUACUGUGAGCGCAACUUUUCCCUUCUUCGGUGAUCUGGCGGGAGGUCAGCUGAGCUUUCAAAUCGGAGAUAACAUCAAGUUGCUCCAAAAGGAUGAGCUGUGGUCAUGGGGGAAACUGGAGAAGAGCGGGGAAGAAGGCUGGUUCCCCCACAACUACGUCCAGGCAUCGUUUCAGCCGCUCCCGGGUAUGCACGAGCUGCAACAACGAAUCCUCAUCAAAAAGGCAAGGGAGGAGGCUAUCGCACGCGGAGAGGACCCUGAUGCGGCAGAAGCCUUGAUCCGCAACGGGGGGGUAGCGCCCGUCGAUGUUGUUAAACCACCGGAGCCAGAGCCUAUGCCGCAGCCGCAGACAACGGGACUGGAAGGAGGCGGGAUGGGGAUUGAGGCCGAUGGGUGGGAUUGGGGGUCCUUGGGGAUGGGAAGCAUGGCGCCGGCGCCGGCGCCGAUGAUGGAACCACCGCAGCCUCAAGGCAACGAGUGGGGUAACCAAGGUGGUGGUGGUGAUCCUGACAUGUUCGGGAUGUGGAUGGAGGAUCUUGGAGACGAGCAGACCAGCGAUUUGGACGAUAAUGAGAGCUUGGCGUCUGUUACUAGCUCUGACAGGGAUCGGCGGAGGCGGGAGCGUAAGAACAUCGCCAGGGAGCUGCUUGAUACGGAAGACAAGUACGUGCGGAUGCUCGAAGCCCUCCUGGCGACCAUCAUCCGACCAUGCCUGGGGCAGGGGUCAAACAAGAGCACCCCCAUGCCAAAGGAUGACGCGAAUGAGCUCUUUGGAACACUCAGGGCCGAAGAAAUUCUGGCUAUUAACACGGCAUUUCGCGAGCAGCUCCGGGGGCGUAUGGCGACGUUGUCGGACGAGACGUGCUUUGGAGACCUUUUCAAGCGAUUCGCCCCUUUCCUCAAGAUGUAUGUUGAGUACUGUACCCAGCACGAGAGCACUGCAAGCCGGGUCAGCCUUAUCGCCUCGAAGAACGACAAGUUCAGCAACCUCCUGCACCGAGCGAGAUCGGACCCUCGCUGCCAAGAUCUCGACGCACAGAGCUUGCUCAUCAUGCCCAUCCAACGGAUACCGAGGUACAAACUGCUUUUGGAGGGUAUGCUGAAGAACACCGAGGCGGACCACCCGGACCGCCCCCUAUUGCAGAACGCCAUCGAGCAGAUUUCGGACGUGGCGAGCUUUAUCAACGACAGCAUCAAACGGAGGGAAAACCAGGCCAAGAUCUGGGACCUGCAAGCAAUGCUGUCGGAGCCUCUUGACCUGGCAAAGCCCACCAGAAUUUUUCUGCGGUCGGGAAUUCUCACCAAGCUGGGUCGCAGGUACCAGGACCGGGAAGACUUCUUUGCGCUGUUUAACGACGGUCUUCUGCAUGCGAAGCCAGCCACGUUUGGUGCCAAGUACGUCUUCAAGCGCAUUGACCCUGUCCUUCAGGUGGAAGACGUGGGAUACUUGAAGGACAAGCCUAAGGCUCUCCAUGUCUUCCGAGUGGUAACGAAGGGGCACAUCUACCUCCUGUCGGCCAAGUCCAUGGCCUUGAAGAAGGACUGGGUCAGGUUACUGGAGCUGUGCAUCCAGGGAGGAAAGCGAGAGACUGUCCACAAGGGACCGCUGAGAGUCCUGCGCAUCGGCAAGGACGCGGGAGUACGUCUGGAGUUCUUCUAUAUCUUCAAUGAUGUGGUUGUCCGAGGGAAAGCGUUGUGGAGGGGAAAGUUCAAACACAAGGAGACGAUGGUCGUAACCAGAGUUGACUCAAGCUUCGAAAUGGAUGCCCGGCACGAGGCUCUACUCCCGAAGGAGGUCACGUCUAGGAUGGCACACGACCAGAUGUUCCGUAUAAUACACAGGAACGGCAGCGUGAUCGUCAUGGCCAAGUCGGAAACCGACAAGGCGGUGUGGCUCUCGGCGCUCGAACACCAGAUGAAGCUGAAGAAAACGGCUAACCUCCAAAACAUCACCGCCAGCAACCGCAUCGUCCACGAGGACAACUUUGCCAGUCUGGAAAAGUCAUCACAUGGGUCGCUAGAGUCGAUGACUGCCACAGAGACACGGGCAGGCUUGGGGGCAGGCGAGAGCAGCUUCUCGUCUGCGCCUUCUAUGCCCUCGAACCGGCGUUCGACCUCCUCAGAGCAGGCUAGGCGAUCAUCUGCGGCCGCGACGUUGGGGUUGGGGCCGCUGGAAGGAGGGGGUCGGGGAGGAGAUGCGGCGGCAGCGGCCCCGGCCAGGAAGUCAACGAUCCCGCGGGACAGGAACCGUACACAGGAGGGGAGGAGGGCCAUCUCUCCUUGACAGGGACCUCAUGGCGGUUUUCGGAGCUCCCUCCGCGUCCACGCUCGCCCCCCAACAGCAAAAUUCUCAGCAGAUGCAACGGCCGUCGCCCCCGAACUCGUUCGGAAACGGGGCAGCGCCUAUGGCCGCCGGGGGAGACGGAGGGGGCAUGCCGAGGAGCCGUUCGGGACCGGCCAGCGUUUCCUCCUCCGGUUCGGCGAUGCCGCUGUUGCAGCCGCCCACCAGGGACACUCCGUCCUACAACCGAUCCACGUACAACAGCGGGGCGGCGGCGGCGCAGCAGCAACGACCUGAGGUGACACCAGGGGCUAUGGUUUUGCACGGAGGCGGAGCAGGAGCACAACCACAGCAGCAGCAGCAGCAGCAGCAGCAGCAGGUGCCCCCGGGGGCGAUGGUUGUGCGCGGAGGUGUUGGGAACGAUCAGGGGAGCGCCACCACGCACGGCGGGUUUGAUCAGUUCCAAGCACCGGGGCAGUUCUCUCGACCGGCGCAGAACAACGUGCAGGGGCAGCAGGCGUACGGCAUACAGCAACAAGCGUAUUCCAGUGCUCCUGGGGGAGGGGUGCAGCAAGUGCAACAAGUGCAACUCCAGCAAGGCUUCACGCCCCAGGGAAGUAAUCAGUUUGCUCCACAGCAGCAGCAGCCAAUGAUGGGACAGCAGCAGCCCAUGAUGGGGCAACAGCAGCCCAUGAUGGGGCAGCAACAGCCCAUGAUGGGGCAGCAACAGCCCAUGAUGGGGCAGCAACGGCAGCAGCAGCAGCAGCAGCAGCAGCAGCAGCAGCCACAGCAGGUGAGGAGGGUGAGGUCGAACGGGGUUACCCUACUAUGUAGCCUUCGAUUUCACGGCUACUCAUAUGCAUAUAGACCCGCAGAAUCAUCCACCUCCUCGUGUGGUUUGGUCUGGCGUCGCACGAUCAAAACAGACAAUAUUACUGUAGGAGUUGACCAUGGCUACCGGUGGGAUGUUACACAGCGGGCACUGACUGAAGAUCUUGAAAUCCACGGGGACGGGCAGCAGACGGGGUCAGACCAGCAGGCACCGGCACGAACAAUGAGGAGUGCGUCCUUUACGAGUACAUGGUCGUCUGUUUUGGGCGUAUGCGACAUACUUUCAACAGCCCAGUUGCGUUUAUUCUCGUGUGCAGACGUUGGCUCGCUACAUGUAGUUGUGAUACCUGGAUUCCGACGAUUAUCCUGGAGGCCAGACUGUAGGGACGGCUGACAUGGCUUUGGCUGCCAUCGGAGAAAAACAUGUCGACUGCUCUUGGCUUGACGGCUGACCAGGCCUUGCACCCGGCUCCAGGAAUCCCGCAUGCUGUUUCGUUGACCCCCCCCCUGUUGUGUCGUUACUUGCAUGUGUGAAUGUUCUGUAUCGUGUAGUUUCAGCAGGCAUACCCGCAACAGCAGCAGCACCAGCAGUACCAACAACAGCAGAUGCACCAGCAGUAUCAAGGGUUCUGAGUCCUGGCGACGAUCGAACGGAGCGUUCAUACCCUGGAGAUACUGUUGUGUGCUAGACAUCACGACAAAGGCAUUGGCUGUGUGGUUGCGCACCAUAAAGUUGUAGGUCUUUGAGGGGUUGCGAUCGGAGGCUUGGUCGGGAGGAGUUGACGUUGGUUUUGGCCAGGGGAGAUGUUGAGUAGAUCUACUUUAGCAGUACUUAAACGAACGGGAAGGAAGGGAAGCUAGCUUUGCCUCGUUCUGUUGUUGUUGUGCCUUUAGCGAAUAGUAAAUGUUUGGGUAGGUCUUUCUUUUUGUUUUUUUGCCCGGAUGCACUUUCUUCUUGGUUUUCCUGCGAAUUGUUUAUGGUGACAACGGAAAAUUGUACACACAAAAUUGAGGAUUAGAGUGGCACUCUCCCUGCGUGAGAGGCAACUCUCUCUAUUUCUUCCUUGACCACCUAUGGCAUGUUGGCUUCUUGUUGUUUGGAUUAGGCUACACACCGUUUUGUUCACCAACACCGUCUUUGUAUCGGGUUGCGUAUUCCCCAAGUUUAGGCUCUCCUCGCUCAUAAAUAUUUGUUGGCUUUUUCCUGUAUUUGUUGUAUUCAUCCUACUCUGCUAUGGGGCGUAUGGUACCGAACGUUAGCCUUGGCGCGUGGUUUACUCUCCUCCUAUAAGGCCUAUUCUUUGGGGGUCAUCGAUGUUGCUGUUGAGUUAUUUGAAGAAUUAGGAGACUAGGUGCAUUUUUUUGGCGCUGUGUAGCAAUGAAAUACGUUGACGGUU